AUGAUGUCGCAGCAUAAGGGACGACCCGAGAUAUCCAUUACUCCACGAAACCUACAGAGCCAAUCUCCGAGAAUCGAGGAGCCCUCUGAAGCUGAGGAUGUUAAGCCCGAGACUCCAUUUCUUCUCAAGACAGCAGCUGUAUGCUUCAUCUGCUGUAUCAGCGGUGCAACUCAUUGGAGCUCUGGCGUGACGAAAGCCAUGAAAAGCACUAUUAAAAAGGAACUUGAUAUUUCCAACACCCAAUUCUCCCUGUUGGAGGCGAGUGAGGAUUUCAUGGCAACGAUACUCAUCAUGGCUAGUGCGGUUAUCUCCGACCGAAUUGGUGGCCUAUCGGUUAUUGUCAUCGGAAAAUUGGUGUAUACACUCGGGUCAAUUCUAAUUGCGGCCGCGGCUACUAUUCGAUCGUAUGAUUUCAUGGUCACCGGUCGCAUCGUCAUGGCCAUGGGGGACAUCACUACCCAGGUAGCCCAGUAUAAGAUGUUCUCUUCAUGGUUUGCACCUAGCAAUGGCUUUGCAAUUACCCUCGGAUUUGAAGGGGCUGCGGGAAAGCUUGGUGGGUUUAUCGGUAAAGCUACAGCAAACAUCAUUGCUCAGAAUUGUGGGUUUGAAUGGAGCUUCUGGAUCAACGUCUUUAUCAACGUGUUCGCGAAUGUGGCCACACUUCUCUUCUGGUUUCUCGAACGUUACUGUGACCGGCACUACAAUCUGCCGUCAGAUUUAGCCAACGGCGAAAGUUUACGAUCCUCUAAAAAGGCCUUUCGCUUCUACAAGGUAUUUCAGCUUCCAUGGAUGUUCUGGUCAAUUCUAGCGUUCUCCUUGUUUGAGUCAACCACGACCGUAGUUUUCAGUCAGAACGCCACUGAGCUCGCCGAGAUGCGUUUCCACGUUAGUGCAGUCACGGCGGGGUGGUAUAGUGCCGUUGCUCAGUAUGGAGUAUUCUUCUGCGGCACUAUGUUGCUGCUUAGCAUGUUGCUGUUAAAUAUCGUCCCAACCAAAUCUGGCACGGCCGCAAGCUUUGUAUUCUACGGCCUGGUCAAGGCUUUCGGAACUACGGUGAUAGUCGACAGUAUCCGCACAAUCAUAUGGGAGGAAUCAGUGUUUGGAUCCGCGUGCGGUCUGGACCAAACCAUGAACAACGCAAUGAACAUCAUCAUACGAUUGGUCACGGGGGCUAUUCAAGACGCAGAUAAAGAGUCAUAUCACCGCGUGAACAUGGUCUACCUAGGUGCAGCGGCGAUCUUGAUGGCAGUCAGCGUGGCUAUUUUGCUGGCCGCCUUGUUCAACCGGAAUUUGGCGCCCUUGCAGUGGUCGAGAAAGGAGAGGCUGACCUUCGGUUCGACUCGUCUUGCUGCUCUACGCGAGCAUCAUCUUGUCGCCCGGUACCGAUGGAAUGGGCGGGUGUCUCUUUGCUGUUUUGGUGCUCUGUUGCUGUUUGUUUUGGGAAGUUGGGCGACAUAUAUAUGGGGUGCUGUUACUGGGAAUAACUUCUGA